CUAGGAUGAGGAGGCGAUACACACCCAACGUGCAGAUGGCGGGGAUGCGGUGGGUGGAGACCGUCUUCAAUAAGAGGGAGUGUAUCAAGUUUAUUCCCAGCAGCAAAGACAAUGCAAGGUGUGUUUGUGGCCAGCUGUGGCAGUGUCACCGUGAUGGGUCACCGGCAACUCUCCGUCAUGGGGAGGACAUUCACUGGAGUCCCUCCAGACAUACCCAGCUUCUCCCAACAGAUGCAUAUGGCACUCUUGAGUUUCAGGGUGGUGCACAUCCCACCAAGGCACAGUAUGUUAGAUUGGCUCACGACACAAGACCAGAGCACAUCCUGCAGCUUCUGACGGGAGAGUGGGGUCUGGACCUUCCAAAGCUACUCAUUACUGUACAAGGUGGCAAAACAAAUUUUGAUCUCCAGCCUAAACUCAAAAAAGUGAUCAGGAAAGGCUUAUUGAAGGCUGCCAAAACAACGGGUGCUUGGGUCUUCACUGCCGGAACGAAUACAGGUGUUACCAGACAAGUUGGAGAAUCACUUGUGUCCGAGAGCCCACUCAGAGUCCGUAGUGGUCGUGUCGUCAGUGUUGGAAUCGCUCCAUGGGGCAUUGUUGAGAGGCGACAGGAUUUGAUUGGGUGCAGUAAAGAUGUCCCUUAUCACCCUAUUAAUUCUCCAAAAUCAAAAUUUGUUGCUCUGAAUAGUCAUCACACAUUCUUCCUACUAGUUGACAAUGGAACAGUGGGCAAGUAUGGGCCUGAGUUGAUCCUUCGUCGCAAAUUAGAGAAUUACAUUUCAAAGCAACAUAUUAAAACCCGUGGUGGAUUGGCAACCCCAGUUGUGUGUGUAGUAAUAGAAGGAGGACCUCAGACUAUUAGACAAGUACUAGAGUAUGUCACUGACUCCCCUCCAGUCCCUGUUAUUGUUUGUGAUGGAACGGGACGUGCAGCUGAUAUCCUGGCAUUUGUCCAUAAAUAUGCGUGUUCAGGGUUGAACAUGAUUGAGGCAAACCGUGACACCAUUAUCCUAGCACUUGAGCGGGUGUUUGAACUCAGACCAGUGCAGGCAGAAAAACUCUUUGCUGAAGUUUUGCAGUGUGUGCGCAAGAGAGAUCUUAUUACCAUCUUCCGGCUGAAGGAGGGUUCUGAGUUAGAUCAGAGCAUAUUGUCUGCACUACUGCAUGCUCAGAGACUCAACCCACCUGAGCAGCUCUCUCUAGCUCUGACUUGGAAUAGAGUGGAUAUUGCUAGAACCCACGUCUUUAAUGAAGAAGUAGAAUGGUCACAAGGGGCCCUGGAACAAGCAAUGAUGGAUGCUUUAGUGAAUGAUCGAAUAGAGUUUGUUAAGCUCCUUCUUGAACAGGGCGUCACAAUGAAUAAGUUCCUAACCAUUCAGAGACUAGAAGAACUAUAUAACUCAAAAUGUGGACCAUCCAACACAUUACGGUAUAUAAUCCGUGACGUAAAAAAGAACAUACCUCGUGAUUACCGAUAUACCCUCAUAGACAUUGGCCUUGUUGUCAACAAAUUAAUGGGAGGUGCAUACAGAUCGUACUACACACGUAAGAAAUUUCGCACGACGUACGAAAACACCAUGAUGAGGUCCCCGCACCUUCACCGUAACAACAGUAGCAUUUUUCAGGCUAGUAAGAGUCUUCUCCAGAAACACCCCAACACGUCUCCUAAGUCAUACAUUUGUGAAGAUUUGUAUUGCAAGUUUGAGUUUGACUAUCCCUUCAGUGAACUACUGGUGUGGGCCGUGUUAACCAAGAGGCAGGGCAUGGCAAUGCUGAUGUGGCAGCGUGGUGAGGAGGCAGUUGCUAAAGCCUUAGUGGCGGCCAAGCUGUACAAGGCUCUGGCACAUGAAGCUGCAGAUGAUGACCUGGAGACAGAAGUUUAUGAAGAACUUAAGGGAUAUGCCAAAGAGUUUGAGACACUUGCUCUGGAAGUGUUGGAUUACUGCUAUCAACAAGAUGAUGAUAGAACACAUCAGCUGUUAACUUAUGAGUUGAGGAACUGGUCCAAACAGACGUGCCUCUCCCUCGCUGUUGCAGUUAACCAUCGUGCACUAUUAUCACACACAUGUUGUCAAAUAUUGCUAGCAGACCUUUGGCUUGGUGGACUGAGGACAAGGAAAAAUACUAAUAUUAAG